AAAAACUAUUGGCGACUCGAUACUCUCACUGUACAAAGUUUGAUCCGAGAAUAUGUUAUUAAAGAGAUAUCCGCUUGUGUAUUUAUGUCAAGUAUCGAAGGAAAAGAAGAGAGAAAAAUGCAACAAAAAAUAAAUUUCCGUUAUCAGCCGUAUCAAUGGCAUGUGAGUUAUGUGAGAUAAGCGUAUGCACCGUCAGAUGGCUCAGCCGCGGCUGAUCAGCGUGCUGUUGAUUGUAUGAGUUGGUCCGGCUCAUAGUCCGUUCAGUUUGGCAUUUUCCACGAUUUAUUAUCAUCCGCAAAGGAGAAGGAUUUGCACGAAUUGGGCGUAACAAGUGCGCGUUCACAUGGUCAGCGAAUAGAGAAGGAAACGAUCUUUUCGUUGCUCUCCCCUCGCCGUCAUUAUCACUUUGACAAGGCCUCUCCCGAUCGGACAUAACCGCUGUAUCGAUCCGACACACCGCCCGCCCGCCUGCUGCUUCAUGCAGCUAGCGUACGAGGGUUAUCGGAAAGUAAAAAAAAAUUUGACCUUUUCGUGAUAUCUGCGACGUUUUUUUCAAGUGUGCAGCCGGCGACGAAUUACAUGUGCAAUCUACGACAAUCCUGAUUCUUACGAAGGCGGGUAAAACGUGACCGAACACAGAAAAAGAAAUGGAACACACUUUGACACGUGCGACAACAAUUGCACACGAAACGCGCUGUCGCGGCUGCGGUCUUCUGGAGCGACCGAGCUCCGUCGCGCCGUAAGAAGAGAUAUAAUGUCUCAUCGAAUGUCGUUGUCGCUCGGUUCUAACGCCGUGGGCUUCCUUAGCAGUGCCGACCACGAGGCGGACCACCAAUGUCGCGCAGGGGAGCCGCCGCUGUUACCGCCGUCGCCGCCGCUUGCAGGUCAAAAAGACGCAGUCGGGAAAGAAUCGGAUCUGAGAGCGUAUCGGAAGGAACGGAGUGCGCGCCCACCGAUGCGCUUUUUGUCCCGUCAAGGGCGGGCGAGGUCGCUAAGAGAGACAGACGAAUUCGGAAAAGCGAUGGCUGGCACGAGACGACGAGCGGUAGGUGCGCCGACGUCGAAACGGUAGCCGACUUCGAGAAAUGGUUGAGAACACGCAGUACAGAGCCGCCGAUGCCGUCGAGCAUGGACCUGGACACGGCCAAGGUGGUGGAAGGCGUGGACCGUUACUUAGGCGAGGAGAUGCUGUCACACGGCUGCUUUCUGGGCAAGGACCCGUACGGUCUGUCCAUCGACCUCGAUCUGGCCGACGCCAAGAAGCUCAAUCUUUCCUCCGGUUACGAUCCGAUACUACCGGAUCUGACGCAGAGCGAGAACCGGCUGCUCGAGCCGCCGUGCGAGAAGGUCGUCGACGAAUUCAUGCUGCCGGAGUUCCAGUUGGACCAUCUGGACCCGCUGGCGGCGCUCUCGCCGGACGACAUGAUGGUGGCCGGUGAGAUUCUGCCGUCCACCAGCGCCCAUCAUCCGACGUUGAACGUAACGGAGAACCAGGAAGUCGAGCGAAUUAGUUUGAAGACGGAAGUCGCGGAGCGGAAUGACGAGGCGGAUUGUGAAAAAUGCACGCAGGUUGUCCUCGACGAGCUGCCGGCGGAUUUGGAAGCUGUGGACGAGAUCGUGAACGUCAAGUUGGAGGAGGAAGCCGCGGCGCAGGCCGCGGCAAAUCCCUCGGAACUUUUCAUCGCAACUCUGACGCCAAUGGAGGAGGGCUCGUCGAGUUCUAUGGUGAAUUCCGCGGAAGCGGACGUUCAAGACACCAUAAUACACCAAUUGAAGUCGAAGACCAGGACGAAGCUGGAGCCGCGUAUCAUUAAGAAGCGUCGACAGAGAUUCGAGAAGCUCGACAACCCAAUCAACGGCAAGAACUUCGCCGACGUGGCUGCGCAGGAUGGCGUGAUGGCUGUGGUCGCCAUAUCGACCGACAAGAUCUCCAAUACGACGCAAAUUGUUAUCAACACCGGCACGGAGAAGCAGAUCUAUCAGGGCAAAACCUCGGAGCUGAUCGAGGCGACGGGCAACUUUCCGAAACUGCCCAAGAUAGACACCACGUCCGCGGUCUGGAACGGUGCCGUCGAGUAUGGUGUCGAUAAUAAUCCGAGUAAUCAGUACGAAAUUGUUAUAUCCAACGCGUUGGAGGAACUAGGCAUCACCGACGACAGUCUGCAGCCCGUGUGCAUCACCGACCACGACAAGGUGUGGCUCUGUCCGCGAGAUGGCUGCAACAGGCAGUUUGGCAGACUGUACACUUUGAAGGGUCACCUGUUAGCUCAUUUCGGAAUUAGGCCAUUUAAAUGCGAUUUCGAAGGCUGCACCUGGGCCUUUUAUUCCGAGUUCAAGCUGAAGAGACACAAGGAGACGCAUCUAAAGCGCAAGGAUUACGUGUGCGAGGUGGAGGGCUGCAAUCGCCGCUUCACUACCAUUUACAAUCUGUGGAGCCACACGAAGCUGCACAGUCGUCCGAACCGAAUCGUCUGUCAGGUGCCGGACUGCGGCGAGAAGUUCCAAACGAAGCGAGCGCUGGAGCUGCAUAUGAAGUCGCACGAUCAACGCCACGCGCCCUACGUGUGUCAGCACGAGGGCUGCGGCAAGCGUUACUACAGCAGUAACGCGCUGACGUCGCAUCAACGUUCGCACAGCUACAAGGAGGUGGACAUCAAGUGCUCGUGGCCGGGAUGCGGCAAGGUGUUUGACAAGCCGUGCCGGCUGAAGGCACACACGCGCUCACACACCGGCUGCAAGCCGUACCACUGCACGUUCCAGGACUGCAAGUGGGCCUUCUCGUCGUCCAGCAAGCUCAAGCGCCACCAAAAGAAGCACACGAACGAACGCAAGUUCGUGUGCGACGCGCCGGGCUGCGGCAAGGCAUUCAUGCGCUCGGAGCAUCUGAAGGAGCACCGGCUGACGCACACGGAAGGUCGUUACUUCCAGUGCUUCGUGUGCGAAGCCCGAUUCUCCGCCAAGAGCAGCUUAUACGUGCACAUAAAGAAGCAUCAGGCUAAGACCGAGGCGGGCGCGACCGACAGCGCGCCGGAGUGCACUUCCGGCGGUCAGAAGCGCGCGAAAACGAAGGAAUCUCAAUAUUCGCGCGUGAAACCGAUCGUCAGGCCGAAACCCAAGUCGACAGAGCUCGUGACGGCCGACGAGAUCGCUGCGAAGGGGAACGAUGCCGAGGAGCAGGAUGUCCACGACGCCGGCGAGCGUUUCGAGAACCUAGAUCAACUGAAAUGGCUGUACCGUUGUCCGAUCGAGGUGUGCGGGCACUUGAUCAACGGCGAGGCGAGUCUGCGCGAGCACCUGCUGAAGACCCACGGCAUACGAUGUGGCGACUCGCUCGAGCCGCAGUUCUCAGACGCCGCCAAUAACGUGGACUACAUUCUAUACACGGUGCGCGAUUCGUCGUCGAACUCGCCGACCGAGGAGGAGCAGAUGGUGAUGGUGACUCCGUGCGACGCCGUCAUACUCGGCACGACCUCGCCGUCGUCGAGCAUGGACCGUUGCCUGCCGGAGCCGGAACCGCCGCCUUUCAACGCCCUGAAGAACUUGGAGCCGCUCGAAAUCGACGCGCGCGCUGACAAUCGAAUCAAAGAGGCCGUGCUGGCGAAGAAGAAUCAGAGAUCGGCGAGGACGGAUUUAACGUACACGGACUGGUACAGGUUGAAGAUAAACGGUGCGCUCGGCAUGGACUCGGUAGCGGCGGAUACGUCGAACCUCGUACCAGACGUAGACGCGAGCAGUGAUCUGAGUGAGGAGGGCGAGGGCGAGGAAGGUCUGUUGCUCACGGAGGAGCUGCCGUCGAUGUACUAUCAGGACGACGCGGCGGGCACGGAGUAUCAGGUAUUGUUGUUGGACUCGAGCCCGCUUGAGAGUGCCGGCAACUUACGUGGCCUCGAAUAACCGUCGCGGUGGACGCGAGUGACGGACAAUUUCUUCGACUGUUGCGACUUUUAAGUGAUUUUUCGCGAUGAAUCGAGUGACUGUAGUGUGAUCGUUCGGAACACACAUGUGAUGAUAAAUGAUAAUGUAGCUUAGAAGCGGCACGAUCGUUCUGAACAUGAUAACGCGACGGCGAUCCUUGUUACAAUUGAAAACGUAGCUCUUAAAUAUGAAAAUACGAUCUGUGAUCCAGGAGCUGGCCUCAGCCUGAUUCAUUUGUAUUGUGCGGCUCGUAAUCGCUUUAAAUCGUUAUUUUAUUAAUAAAUCGUUAAUAUUUUUCAUAAAAA